AUGUCCAAUGCUGACUCGCUGCUCCCGCCCGAUUUGCGCUCACUGAAGGGAAGAGUGCGCAAGUACGCGAUGCGCAAGGAGUUGUCCAUCACGGACAUCGUCACGUUGACCAAACCCGUCUUUGACACCAUCCGGUGCAUGCAACUCGUCCUCAACUCCCUGGCCACCUAUAUCCCCGAGCGAACGCACACGUAUCAGAUAGACCCCAAGGAGUCCUUCAGCAAGAUACUCCUGCAUGCCGCUUCGCUUGAAGAGCUACAGCUUGCUUGGGUGGGCCUCACGGGACGCCUGAUGGGAGCGCAACAGGUCUACGACAAAUACUUCGCUGAGGCGCUAAGGGAACAAGGGGCUCGAAACGUCGACGCCUUCUCGCAGCCGGCCACCACGCCAUCCACUGUCUACCGGCACAUCGAGGAGGAGGAAGAUCCCCAUUGCCGAUUGAGGCUCGCGCUAGGGGGGCUGCCCAACUCAUGUCCUAUCGGGACGGAGCCAGACCAAGACCGCAAUCUGACACAAUAUCUGGACGCGAACGUCCGGAGAAUGAUACGUGUCCCUACUCCCAUCGAAGACGCCUUUCCUCCCCGGGACCCGGAGGAUAAUCCCCACCUUCUGUACUACGACGAUCUCAACCGCCGGCGUCUCCUCCCUCCUAAGACCACCUAUCAGAACCCGCUAGGGUAUUCGCCCAUAGAGCCCCCUAAGAGCGAGAUGGAGGGCCGAAGGUCAAAUCCACCCCCGUCGCCGCCUCCGCCUCCUCCGCCUGUUCCUCUUAGGCCCCCGCGCUCAACGCGCUCAUCUUCCUCGCGGACCUCGACGUCGUCGUCAAGUACCUCGACGUCGGCUCGCCCGGGGUCGAGCCACCCCUCGUCCAGCUCCUCCUCCAGCCUGUCGUCAAGGGACGGAGAUCACCGCGAGCGCAGGCGAUCGCGCAAACCGCGGCGCUCCACCUUCCAGGAGAUGCAUCUCCAGCCCAUCGACGAGGAGGACCCGCCUCCCUCGGAUCCCGACAACGACCCCUCCGAUCGCGGGGGGCGCAGGUCCAAAAGGCACAAGAAGAAAUCGGGGAAAGGAGACCACAAUAAGGAUGGAGACGGCGGGCCUCCUGCAGACGAUGAGAACCCUGGGAGCAGAGCCGCGCGCACGCCUGUUCCAGGAAUCAACCCCAUCAUCAAACCCGAAAGUCUGCCUUUGUGGGACGGCAACCGGGCCACCGUCAUGAAUUACUUCUGGCACAUCGUGGAGCUAGCUCAACAAGGAGGUUGCAUGCCGCAAGCCCUCGGAGAGUGGCUCUGGUCACAGCUAGUGCCCAACUCGUUGAUCCAGCGCUGGUAUAUGACGCAGAGCGAGGAGAGGAAGGAGUUCAUGAGGCAGGGCCACAAGAACUUUAUUGCGACUAUUAAGAAGCACUACUUAGGCCCCGCGUGGAUCAGCGCGUUGUCCUCCGAAUUCCCGCCCGGGAUCUCGCCGGCGACGCCUCCGGGCAGCGCCCGAUGCGGCAGGCAACCCCCCGAGCUCACCGUUCGGGAUUUUCCGAGCAUCGCGUCCGCCUCCCGCCGCGCACGAGGGCAAUUGAUGCGCCCUCCCGCGCUUAGUCAGCGUGCCGCGCAGCCUUGCGAGCGCGCGCGUCGCCGCCGCUCGUCGUCCUUCCUCGGGCUCAUAGUAGCAGAAUAA